AGAAAACUAUUUUAACACAUCCACAUAAUAUCAGACCAAUGGACCUGCCCAAAAAAUUUUGCAUUAAUACGACGCCUCUGACUACGUAGGCAGUUAGUGAGUGGCUAAAAUAUCCCUGUUCCGGCAACACCUCGCCAGGAAGUGUGGCGCGAUAAAUCCCAAAAAGUAUCUUGGAGCGACUGUAGCUAGCGAAGAUUUGGGAGUUUGCAUGCGCUCGCUUGGGUGUGGGCCGGUUGUAUUACUUUUUUUUUUUUUUCUUCUGUUUUUCCAGAAUCGUUAAAAGCGAGCGCUCGUCAGUUUAUACAGGGCACAGAGAGAUUCUUAACUCCUCGUAAGUUUGGGUCGUCUUUUUCACGAAGUUGUUCACGAUCUGAAGUAUUUGCAGGCAAUGGGAUGCUGUGGUAGCACUGAGAAGGGAACGCGAGAAUGGAAACCUCUCGAGGACCGAUGUUGUACAGACAUUCCGUGGCUCAUAAUAUUUACGGCCUUCUGCGUCGGCAUGACGUGUAUCUGUGGAUUCGCCAUCGCCACGGGCGCUGCCUCCCGCCUUAUCUCGGGGUACGACAGCUACGGGAACACCUGCGGCCAGAAAAACGCCCCCAUCGAGGGCAUCCCGCUCAGCGGCAGAGACCAGAGCGACAAGAAAUUCGUGUUCUUCCUGGACCCCUGCAACAUUGACUUUCUGAAUCGGAAAAUAAAGUCCAUGGCGUUGUGUGUGGACCACUGCCCCAGUGAGGAGCUCAAGACCUACGACGACGUUCGGAAAUUUGCCACCAGAAACGGAUCUGAACUCUGCUCCUAUGACGUGCCUGUUAACAAAUACACCAGUCAUCCAGACAGGGGAACCAAAUGCCCCAUGCUUCCGGUGCCCCCCAGUAAGUCUCUCCCGCUGUUCCACCGAUGUGUCCCGGUGGACGUCUCCUGCUACGCCAAGUUCGCCGAGGCCCUCAUCACCUUCGUCAGCGACAACAGCGUCCUGCACCGCCUCAUCGCCGGGGUGAUGGCCAGCAAGGAGAUUAUUAUGGGAUUGUGCCUGCUGGCACUAGUGCUCUCCAUGAUCCUGAUGAUUGUGAUCCGCUACAUCUCGGCCGUGCUGGUGUGGAUCAUCACUGCCCUCGUGGUCCUGGGCUCUCUGGGAGGGACGGGGGUUCUGUGGUGGCUGUAUGCGGACCACAGGAAGAACCUGAACGACACCAGGCCCGCUGACGAGCUGGAGGUGGCCAAGGACAACGUGCAGGCUCUGCUGGUCUACGCCAUCGCGGCCACCGUGUUCACCGUGGUCCUCCUCCUCCUCAUGUUCUUCAUGAGGAAGCGUGUGGCCCUCACCAUCGCGCUGUUCCACGUGGCGGGGUCCGUGUUCACACACCUGCCCCUGCUGGUGCUGCAGCCCGUCUGGACCUUCCUGGCCCUCAUGCUGUUCUGGGUGUACUGGAUCACCGUGCUCAUGUUCCUGGGGACUGCAGGCAGCCCCGUGCAGAACGCGGAGACGGGUCUGGUGGAGUUCCGCAUGUCGGGUCCGCUGCAGUACAUGACCUGGUACCACGCGGUCGGGCUGAUCUGGAUCAGCGAGUUCCUGCUGGCCUGCCAACAGAUGACCAUCGCUGGUGCUGUCGUCACCUACUACUUCACCAGGAACAAGUCUCAGCUCCCGCUGACGCCCAUCGUCACCUCCGGGCUGCGGCUGAUGCGCUACCACCUGGGCACGGUGGCCAAGGGCUCCUUCAUCAUCACGCUGGUGGAGAUACCCCGCCUCAUCCUCUCCUACAUCCACACCCAGCUCAAAGGCCGGGAGAACGCGUGUGCGCGCUGCAUGCUGAAGGCCUGCAUCUGCUGCCUGUGGUGCCUGGAGAAGUGCCUGCGCUACCUGAACCAGAACGCCUACGCUGCGACAGCUAUCAACAGCACGAGCUUCUGCACGUCCGCUCGAGACGCCUUCAUCAUCCUGGUGGAGAAUGCCCUGCGCGUGGCGGCCAUUAACACUGUGGGCGACUUCGUGCUGUUCCUGGGCAAGGUGCUGAUAGUCUCCUGCACUGCGUUUGCGGGCGUCCUGGCGCUGAAUUACCAGCGGGACUACACGGUCUGGGUCCUCCCGCUCUUCAUCGUCUGCCUCUUCGCCUUCCUGGUGGCGCACUGCUUCCUGUCCAUCUUCGAGAUCGUGGUGGACGUGCUCUUCCUCUGCUUCGCCGUCGACACCAAGUACAACGACGGGAGCCGCGGGCACGAGUACUACAUGGACAAGGCCCUGAUGGAGUUUGUGGAGAACAGUAAGAAGGCGGCCCGCGGCCGGGAUGCAGGCGACGGCACUGAGAUGAAGCCCAUGGCGGCAGGCGGAAGAUAAGGCCGGGCCUUACGGAGACUUUCUAAAGACAUUCCAAAUGUUUAUUUUUUACCAACAUGUAAUAUGUUUACUAAGCCUUUGACUCCAGAGAACAGAUAUUUUAAUACACUGUACAAUAACUACGUAACGUAAUGCACUUUAUACAAAAGCUGUUUUAUUUUAAUGGCUGAUGCAUUUUCGUAGCGAUGUCCUUUUUUUACACUGAGGAAAGGUAAGCUGAAAUGUGUAGGCUGAAAUCAGUUUAAUCGCUGCAUUUGUUUGAAAAGCUAUUAUUUACUCUGUUCAGGUAAAAACAUCCAUUCGUUUGUUUUAUUUUUUUGCCUUUUACUUUUUGUGCUAAUCAGCCUUGUUCUAAUCAAUCUUGGGUGCUUUGUAAAGAUGUUUUCAUAAAUGCACCACUUUUGGUUGUGUAAUAAUCCUUAAUCUUUUUUUAAUUCAGUGGGUGGUGUCUCUGUAUAUACCGAGGUCUGCUUUUAUUUAGAAUCUUUUUCAGACAAAUUAUUGCGAUACACGACGUGUCAAUUUCAGUUUUGCUGUUUUUCUUUCUUUCUUUUUUUUGUAAUGCAGUGAAUUGUAAAAGAGCUGUGUGAGAUGCAGUGAAUUGUAAAAGAGCAGUGUGAGAUGCAGUGAAUUGUAAAAGAGCAGUGUGAGAUGCAGUGAAUUGUAAAAGAGCAGUGUGAGAUGCAGUGAAUUGUAAAAGAGCAGUGUGAGAUGCAGUUCUCAGACACACGGGCACGCGUGCGUCGGGUUAGGGCUGUAAACCGUGCCGUAGUCUGUACUCUGGGACGCAGAGGGGAGAGUUCUGGAGCCUGCCCUCUGAUGGGACAAUGUCCCUGACGCUCAGACGGUCCAGGUCUGGGGCCUUUGUGCCGGGGAAGUGCAUAACCUGUGUGGAAAUGCGACCUGGAAAGCGUGUGAAAAGGUCACUUAAAACGGGUUGAGUCCUGUGAUUGGUCACUGCGUUCUUGAGAUAGAGAAACAGUAAGAAGCCGUUUAACUCCAGUCCUGGAGGGGGCGCUGUGUCUGCAGGUUUAACUCCAGUCCUGUAGGGGGCGACAGUGUCUGCAGGUUUAACUCCAGUCCUGGAGGGGGCGCUGUGUCUGCAGGUUUAACUCCAGUCCUGGAGGGCCACAGUGUCUGCAGAUUUCACUCCAGUCCUGGAGGGCCGCAGUGUCUGCAGGUUUAACUCCAGUCCUGGAGGGCCGCAGUGUCUGCAGGUUUAACUCCAGUCCUGGAGGGGGCGCUGUGUCUGCAGGUUUAACUCCAGUCCUGGAGGGCCACAGUGUCUGCAGGUUUAACUCCAGUCCUGGAGGGGGCGCUGUGUCUGCAGGUUUAACUCCAGGCCUGGAGGGCCACAGUGUCUGCAGGUUUAACUCCAGUCCUGGAGGGCCGCAGUGUCUGCAGGUUUAACUCUAGUCCUGGAGGGGGCUGUGUCUGCAGGUUUAACUGUUAGAGAGAUGUGGAGAUCCUGUACCUUGCCCGUUGCCUUAACCCUGCUGGCGGUUUUUAAGCCCUGAGAAGCUUGCAUGUCACCUUGCUUGCCUUAAAAACCCAGCAUUUCCAGAUGAAUUCACAUACAAUUGAUUUGUUUCUGGUUGGGUCGGUGUUUGAAAGGAACUGAAGCCACUAGUUUUAUUUGCCCCUUUUUGCUCAUUUUAAAUGACUGGUGCUGCGUAAUUUAUGCAGCCUUCGAUUACGUGAAAAGGUUGUGACGUUGCCUUGUGUCUGAUUGAGGGGAAAUCUUUGUUGUGGCUGUCGAGUUUGUCAUUUUUUUGGCGAGUCAGAUUAGUGCAGGUACUAAAAGGUGUUUUUCUCUCUGUGUCCCACUGGAGCCUCGGCUCCCUCCAAGGUUACAUUCCAAACUGUGUGUUACCACGGCAACACCGCUGUGCUCAGGAAGUGUCAGAGGCGGUUUGCUGAUGCUGCAGCGUGGUGGAUCUGGGGUGCCAGGGACGUAGAGCUGGAGCGCAGUGAGAGUGCAGUGAGCCAGGCCUAAGGGCAGUGAGAGUGCAGUGAGCCAGGCCUAAGGGCAGUGAGAGUGCAGUGAGCCAGGCCUAAGUGCAGUGAGACUGCAGUGAGCCAGGCCUAAGUGCAGUGAGAACGCAGUGAGCCAGGCCUAAGGGCAGUGAGAGUGCAGUGAGCCUGGCCUAAGUGC